CAUGCUAUUGGGCCCUGAAAAGUGCUAAUUUUACACUGUUUUCAAUGGGGCUUGAAUUAGUGGACUGUACCCUGUAGUGCUGGACCAGGUUUGGACUAAACUGAUUUCGAUGUUCAUGUGGCACAGACAUAAAAAGGAUACAAGUUUUAGAUUUGGAUUGGAUUGGAUUUGGCAAACGUAAAACAUUUUAAAGAUAAGCAAGCAUUUUUGUACCCAAUUGACGUUUUCAGUCGCAUGGGAUCGAAUUGAACCCCCGUAACUGUAGGCCCCCUAAUUAAUGAGUUGUUGCCAAGGCCGAAUUCGAAUACACCCGCCUGGAAUUUAAAUUAUUCAGGAAGAACCCGAGAUCAAUUGCUCUGGCACAAAAGCUUCAUGGGUGCUGGUAAUUUAAAAUCUAAACAAAAACGCGUGGUGUCCUUGCCAGAACAUCCUCUUUGAAUAAAAAGCCGGGCGGGGUGAAAAGUCGUUUCCAUUGGCACUAAGAUUUUAGAAGUUUCAUGCAGGCUGAAGCAAACACCAUUUCCAGUAUUUGUUUUACUUGUAAUUUGUUUUCUUUUUUAUGUAUACCGAUGUUCGGCCUGUUUUAUCCCUUUUUAAAAAUCAAGACUUUUACAACUAAAUUAGUCGUUGCCAGUGUUCAUGUCUUCUGCCUGAAAUUUGUUCCGUGAAACUUGCAUUUUGUCAUUCAAGAUAAGCUGAUAAGGAAAUACAAACAAAUUUAUUUUAAUUUUCUUUUACAAUAAACGUUCAGUAAAUGUAUAUUUUAAACGCACGUUUUUGUUUUACAUACACUUUGAGCAAAGUUAUAUCCGUUUCCAAAGGUGUAUUUACUGUCACAAAGUUGAGCCUUGAUUGGCCUUUUAAUUUCAAGAGGCCAAUUCGGCUCUCGUUUACACGUAAUGGGCAAACUAAAAAAAUAUAGCAACGUGCGCGAACUACAUGUGUACGUCUCAGUACUUGGCUUCAAUGGUACAUUAAACUAUAAAUAUUUUGUUUCGGACAUGAGCACGUCAUUCAAAUGACUUCUAUUUGAAUGGCAAAUCUGUUUGGGACAUACCACUGCUGUCAAUUCUAAUUCUACAUUUUGUAAAUGUAUGCAUUUUGGAUUAAUUUUCGUGUUUGUUUUCCAUUUUGUAGAGAAGAUGUUCCAAACCAUAGAAAUAACUUCCACAAAACACAACAUGCUCAAGGCAUGGUGACGCUUGACGGUGGAAACCAAAAAUGCAAGCCAGCCCCAAACAUAUCCCUUUGUACUAACAGCGUAGACAUAGCAGUUGUCAGUAAAUACAGUUUGCAAAUAGAUCUAUUGAUCCUCUCGAAAAACAGUGCUAACACUGAUGGAAGUUAUGGCAUGGAAAAGUGGAUUCACCCUAUAAAAGCUCCGGAACAGACACAAAACAAACAAAUGGGUUGAAUAAUAGUAGAGUUCGCAUACUCGGACUACUGUUUUGCGUUAAUAAAACACGGUGAUUACCCGUUAUCAGCAUGCCAAUAUCCAAGUUUCUUCAGCAUACGAGAACUGGUUAAUUUGAGCUACAUGUAGCACCCUCUACGUUAAGAGCUAGUGGAAUGGCCAUAGUUAUGUUUAGUGAGCCUCCCCCCCCCGAAUAAAGAAAAUUUUGUCUUAGUACUUUUGUGUUAACUUUUUCCAACGCAGUCUCACUGGACCUCUCUUUGAGAGUUUUUUGUAACAACUGAAUGGAGACCAUUCUCGAAAAAGUCUUCAUCUUGGACAGCUCGCAAGGGUACUGGAGAUUCGAUUCAAGAAAGCUGCUUAUAUGGAGGGAGAGACAUGUAUUUGGCACGGUUCAGCCAUGGUAGCAGCGCACAACGCGAAUGUCUACAAUCCGGGAAGAGAACCUGCUCAAAAGAGAAAGAGGGAGAAAGCUCAAGACCAGCUUCGAAAUCGCAUGAGAAAACGGAACAAUGGAGCCUCAACUUCAGUGGUAUCCGCCCGGUCAUUCGGUUCCCAGCGAGAGAAGGGCGAGUCUGCAAUUGUAGCGGGGAUAAAACCGCGCGUUUGGGGCGACGUGAAACACAACUCGACGAGCGAAGAAUGGAGGAGUCAUGAAGCCCGCUACAGCACCUUGGCCCAACCUGACAGGAUGAUCAGGGAUAAGAGACACAGACAGGGGGAGGUACCACUGACGGAAUUGGUUGACCGGGUGAUACAGAGGAGAGGUCACACAACUGUGCAAAGCUCGCCCAUGACCAUCAGAGCCCUCAAGCCCCCAGCCUUCCAACAUCGAGGUCUCAUAAGAAAAAUCCAGCCUGUCAGCAUAAAACAGAAGCCCACAAGCGGGGGGCCUUAUGUUGUUGUCCUUAACAGAAGUUCUACCACCAAAGCAUCGGGCUCAACAGGCAUUCGUGAACCAAAGGAUCUACCACCACUGAAGCAUGACAACAACUCAAGCGACUUGGAAAUCGCGACAUGGCGGCCAGAACUGUCAACAAAUCACGAGCCCUACGUCCACCCUAAUGCCGAAGACAGGUCAGUGACCAACUACCGACUGCAGAUGCAGCAGGCCAUCAAGAUGGCAGAGCUGCGCUGUGACUUCUCUACCAGCUCCAAACCCUUGCAUAAGCACGAACCACUUCCAGCUAUCCAAGUCGCUUACGAAGUAGCAGAGAAGCCACAGGUUGCCAUGAAUUCAGCCGCAGGAGAUGAAGCAGAAGCUGCGAUUGACAAGAAAGAGCCAAUGGCCCCCAAACUGCAGGGUCACAACGUGAAGAGCAUCCAAAAUGAGUUUUUAGGGAAAACAAACAGAUUUACCUCAAGCCAGGAGGUCUUGCAGCAGAUGCAGGCUCGCAAACGGGCCAAACGUCGCAAAGCAAAAGGUGAUGACUUCAACAACCCUCUCAGAACUCGAAAUCGGUUCACGACCAAGACCAAACUCUUCAAGGCUGACCUCCAGAAGGUUAGGGAGCUGUCCAUCAUCCAGGAGGACCAGUCGUCAAUCAGUGACCGGCUCAGCAGGCUGUCUGCCGGACGGACUAGUGUAGCUUCUUUUAAGAGCAUGGCCUCCUUGAAAAGGAUUGAAGAGUCUGAAAUCCCAGGCUACACGGGAUGCUCACUCUCUAGUGAACAAGAGGACUCAGGUAUUACUGAGAUUGAACAUGCAGAAACCAAUGCAGAUGCGCCCUCAAUUUUGGAUGAUGAGGGUGAACAUCUAAAUGCGGAUAUGUCAGAUGAGUCUGAAACUCCUGCCUCAUCUGCAGACACUGAUCCAGCGGAUGAAAUAUCAUCUCCACUUGGUCCAGAUGUCAAUGUCAUUAAUACAUCUACUGACUGUUUUGCAUGUGACUCAGUUGAACAGACUACUGAAGGGUUGAAUGAUGCCCAGGAGCCAGUGGUAGACACGGCUCCCAGUUCACCGGGUGGACGCAGUCAAAGUCUGCCACAGCCAGAGUCACAGACACUAUCUGAAACAAGAACAGAUGACAGCUCAACUUCAUCAACUCUCAUUCAGGGUAACUGCACAGACCCUGCAGUCCAAUGUACAUGUACAAAUAGUUCAGACCCAUCAGAGGAAACAGCAACCUCCAGAGACCCCGGUGUUCAUGAACUACACGUGUCGCACACAUAUUCCAGUUACGAGGAAGAUGCUGAAGCCACCAAGGAAUCAACUUUGGCUGGUAACCAACAGUCUAAUGACGUGGAUGUUGAGGGUUCAGACCAUCCCCAGGGUAUAACUGCAAACACAUUUCAAAUGAGAGACAUUAUCUUGCCAGUCCAAUAACAUUUUGCCAAUUUUACAACCCUUUUCCAACAAAAAGUAAGCUCAAGCAAAAUUUACUGGGCUUUGCAAAAGUGAUAAUCAUAGACCAUUACUGUUCACGGCUGUCUUUGAUUCAUUUCAAGUCACUAAUAAUACAAUUAAAGUUUUAACACUGCAACAUGCACUGAAACUCACUAAAUGGUAUAAAUCAAUCAUCAAAGCUCUCACCAAGCUAGCAAUUCAUGAACUAUAUUUUCAGGUCCAAUUGUGUUGCAUGAAAAAUCUGCCAAAAAAGUAGCUACCCAGGGCUGUAACUUCAAGUUUUUGUACCUCAUUUUAUUUGUUUGCCUGAGUUGUAAGAAGUACAUGUGUAUACAUGCACGUGAAUGGUGUAUGGUUUAAAUUAUAUACAUGUAUUGCUACUUCUAUAUAUAUGAUCAGUCGUUUGUAACCUUUUAAAACAUUUAUAAACUCAGUUUAAUGUAAACUUGCAUACUUUUAAACCCAAAUGUAAAAGGGUUUAGAGGUUACAGACAAUUUGUGAAUAUGCUGGUGUGACUUCCAGUAAUUUCAAGCAGAGGACUGUCAUAAACGUUUUUUGGAGAACCAAAUCAUCUAUAGGUUUGGUUUCAGUCCCUACCUCAGAUAAACAAAUGUGAAACUGGAACUGCACCUACGUCCUUUGCAUAAAAAUCACUAAAGCCAUGCUCUAAGACUUGAUUCACAUAAUCCCUGGCCUCGUAAUGGCAAAGCGGUUUAGGUCAGUGUAACGUGUGGAGUUUUCAAUCCUUUCCUUGCCUGUACUGUAAACAUUGCAAGCAUGAUAAGCCCCAAAACUUCAAAAGAAGGGACACCAUGUAUAUUUCCAGCAGUUUUGUCAGAUGGAACUUACAAUAAGCACUGACAACUAUGAGAAAUGGCAAAAUCAAAGUCCAUGUAUGUGAAUGUUGUAUCAGGCUAAUUAAUGAUAAUGCAAUGAAUCAUGCAGCACAAUGUUUGAACAGCAUAAUUUAAAAAUCAAUCAGUCGUUUGAUCAAAAGAAUAAAACUAACCAAAUGUAUGCAUGUAUACGUAA